GAGAGAGAGAGAGAGAGAGAAGUGAAGCGAACGAACAGGAAGAGGAGGAAGUGGUGAGCAGAUGGGUGUGGCUGAGUAACGGUUGUUCUAUCGGUCUGUAUUGAGCGACACGACCAGGGGACUUUGUACGUGAUGCCCUGGACAGACCUACGUCAUCUCAGCAUGGACACCAAGAUUCUCUGCGCGUGCCAGCUUCUUUACGCGUGCGUCCUGUUACAAGGUUCAAGAGCUCAAUCUGCUACACCUGGAACCGGACCAGUGAACUUGAAUGUCACCAGUCCUCCAGUGUCCACCGGCAAUAGAAUGGACAACAAGACUAGCUUCACCUCAGGACCCCCACCUCUCAAUGUCACAACCAUUGCUUCUACAUCAGCGCUGACCAGCCAGUCAACACCGGCAGCCAAGCCCUCCUCCACCCCAGUGACAUCAUCCAGUCCUUCAACAAGACUUCCCACCAAAAACACCACGGUUGCCUGGGACGACAAAUGGAAUGCUCCAUUCACGUACGACUACACUAGCCUCCGCGUGGCUGGGCUGACGGUGGCAGCCGUGCUCUUCAUCCUGGGGAUCAUGAUCAUCACCUGUGGUAAAAUAGCCAGGAUCCCCAGGUGUCAUGUCAGUAAGGGAAAGUCAUACCAAGUCACCAGGAAUUAACCAGAGGAGAGACUGUGCAGAGAGCCUGGAAGCCACCCACCAGGGACACUAACAAACAUUGUAUCAACAGUUCUGGAUGUGUGUUGAGUGCGUGUUCUUCCCUAGUAGGCUACACGCCGAACAGGAACAGAGAGGUUGAAAAAUACAGGACAAACAAAGGAAACAUGAAUCAUGCUGACAAGUGUAAAAGCAUUGUGUUAUCGUCCUGUUCAUCUUUGCUAAAUGUUGUUUCCAUGACAUGGCUGGAAACUGAACUGAAAUUUCAAUUGAUUGUGAUCUUCUGAAUAAUGAGGAGAGGAUUCAUAUUUUAAUCACACACCCAGCCCCCCAGGCAAGCUGUUUCUCUUUCCAAGUUGUCUCUGUUAAAAACCUUGGAAUCAAUAACAACACUGCUCGAGAAUUCCUAUAAAAAGGCAGGAAAUCAAAAAGUCGUCUCACUUCCUGUUCAUUUACGCCACAGUUUGAGCGGCAUCUAAAAAUAAACCCUAACGUUUCCUACA